UAGUAGAGAAGAUAGUUUUGAGACUUUCUCGUUUAGAUAACCAGUGGCAACCGGGAUUGCAGUAGAGCAGCAUCAAAAGGUUACAUCGACUUUGUUGCCUUAUUGUAAAAAAAAAAAAAACUGUGUUGCCAUUUUGAUUCCGCAAGGUUGAAGGCAAAGGGCUUGGGUAUUGAUUGUUUACCCUCUAGUGGGCUAUCAAGCCCACCCAAAAUUUAACAAGAACAGAGUUGUUAAUAAAGGCCCAGCAGGUUCUCACACACUGUAGGGCAUGGUUGGCAUGCAGGUGGCAUGCCACCCGGUUGAAUCUGGUUCAACCUGUGCCGGUCAUGAAACCGGUAUGACACCACCGGUAUGAUCGACUUAACCAUUCUAAGUAAAAUGACAUCAUUUUAAUGAAUUUAAUGAAUAAAAAAAUAAUUUUUUAUUCAUUUUAUGAAUGUAAUAGUUAAAAGUUGAUGAUAUUUGUUGGAUUGUAACUAAAUUGUCACUACGGUAUAAACCGGUUUGACAACCUUGCUGGAGACUUUUUUUUAGCUCCCUUUAGAUUAACGUAGCACCUAGCUUCUCUUUUAUAUUCCUUUGAUCCUUUCUUCACUUUCCAAUUCUUCCCUUCCAACGAUGUGGUACAAAAUCCGCAUCAUGCUAAACUUAUGAGACUGGCCAGCCAGGCCAUGUAUUGUCGAUGGCAAAGGAUAGAUAGUCAAUUGUCAACGGCUGCUUCUCGUAGAUAGAGAUAGGAAGGAAGAGCGAUUGGCUGGCCUUUCUUCAAUUCAAUGGUCAUUUUCAGUUCUUGCUGUUAUUUAAAAUGGCUGACCAAAUGGGACCAUUUGAACAUGGAAUCUCGUGCGCAAUGGAUGAGGUCACAAUCCCAGAAAGCAGCCAAAAGAAAAUCUACCGCCUUGUUGAUGAUGAUGACCUCAUAAUUUUAUGGGUUAGUUGUUUUGGGGCUUUUUUUAAGGGUAUCCAACUGGGUUGUCAGUUAUCAGUCCGAAAACUCACCAUUUUUGUCCAAGAAUUUCUUCUUACUUUCCCCUCAAUCUUUCUUGUACCUGGAAGCUCAAAAAGCAGUGUCUUUUUUUACCUCUAAGGCCAAGGAGUUGCAUCAGCCCUAACUGUUCCGUUUGCAGGUUACAGGUAAAGAAAAGUUUUUAUCUUAAUCCAAUUCAGAAGGUAAUGUUACAGAUGAGAAGGAAGUCAAAUGAGAAAAGCUGGAUUUGUAUCUAUAUGCAUGUGCAAAGGUUGCGGGUUUCCUUACUGUGUGUUGUUUAAUGGGUUGUGCAGAUUUUUGUUAGGAUCGAUGGGGGAGAGCUGCUGUAUGAUUAAGAAUGAUGUUACUGAAUUAAUAGGAAACACUCCGAUGGUAUACUUGAACAAUAUGGUGGAUGGUUGUGGGGCACGAAUUGCGGCCAAGCUUGAGAACAUGGAACCUUGCUCUAGUGUUAAAGACAGGAUUGCACAUAGUAUGAUCAAAGAUGCCGAGGAUAAAGGCCUCAUAACACCAGGGAAGUCGGUGCUAAUUGAGCCUACCAGCGGCAACACGGGCAUUGGAAUGGCAUUCAUAGCAGCAGCAAAAGGUUACAGAGUUAUUCUUGUCAUGCCAUCUUCAAUGAGCAUUGAGAGAAGGAUUGUCCUUUUGGCCCUUGGAGCUGAGGUUGUCCUAACAAAUCCAGCCAAGGGCUUUAAUGGGGUCUUGGAGAAGUCUGAAGAGAUACUAAGCAAGACCCCAAAUGGUUACAUGCUUAGGCAAUUCGAGAAUCCUGCAAAUCCAAAGAUCCAUUACGAAACUACUGGACCGGAGAUUUGGAGGGAUUCGGCGGGUAAAGUUGAUGCAUUGGUUUCUGGUAUAGGGACUGGAGGUACUGUGACUGGAGCUGGCCAGUUCCUCAAGGAGAAAAACCCAGAUAUCAAGGUAUAUGGUAUAGAGCCGGUGGAAAGUCCUGUCUUGAAUGGAGGAAAGGCUGCUCAACAUAAGAUCCAAGGAAUUGGUGCUGGGAUCAUCCCUCCAGUACUGAAUCAGGAUUUGCUUGAUGAAGUCGUUACGGUGUCAAGUGAAGAAGCCAUCGAAACAGCCAAGCUGCUGGCUUUGAAAGAAGGGUUGCUGGUUGGGAUAUCAUCAGGUGCUGCAGCUGCUGCUGCAAUCAAGCUGGGGAAGAGGCCUGAAAACAGCGGCAAACUCAUUGUUGCAAUCUUCCCUAGUGCUGGCGAGCGGUACCUGUCUACUGCACUAUUUGAAUCCAUUAGGAGUGAAGCAGAAAAGAUGACCAUACAGGACUGAAACUGGCUGCUUCAAGUUUGGAAGAAGUUUCCCACUCUUUUGCCUUUUAUCUUUCUUGGACUGGGGAAGCCAGAAGGGAAAGAAAGGAAUGCAAGAAAGUUGGUUGUGAAGAUCUGGUGAAAGUUGGAAGUAAAUUGUUCAGCUACUGCUUUGUGGUAAUUGUUCUUUCUCACAAUAAACUCCAUUGAGGAAUCUGGACAAGGAAUCUCAUAUUGAAUCAAUGAAGUUGUAAUCCUAUAAGGAGGGGGAAAAAAGGCUAUUAUAUAUGUGUGUUCCUGCAGGUUCUUGUUCUUCUCCUGAUUGCAGUUAAUAGGAGACGGUUCCCAUUGUUACCUGGACAUUGUAGAAGAAAAGAGGGAAAACAUUGCUGGAAAUGGAUCCUUACGCCUUAUAGUUUGAGAAAUGUAACUUUCUCAUAAUACAUCAUUCGAAAAUUAGGGGUGUUUUGGAAGUUGAGAUUCUUCAAAUAUGUGAUGAAUACAUCUAUUGUCAAUACAAAGAUUGUAAGAAU